AUGGUUGUCAAGAUCCGUCUCGCCCGCUUCGGGCGUCGGAAUCAGCCCUUUUACAACAUCGUUGUCGCCCAUGCUCGAACGGCUCGCAACUCCAAGCCGCUCGAAGUCAUUGGCACAUAUGACCCGAUUCCCAAAGCCGACCCUUACGACGAUUCUGGAAAACUUCACAAGGAUAUUCAAAUCGACAGGGCACGUGCAAAGUACUGGAUCGGUGUUGGUGCACAGCCUACAGAUACAGCAUGGCGAUUGCUCUCCAUGCUUGGGUAUCUACCAAAGAAGGAUUUCGGCCCCAAAAAGGAACAGUCAAAGGGUGUUUUGGAGAGUUCAAAGGUCCGAAUUCCAUAA